AUGAGUGCCCAAGAAUUGAACGUCGCCCAGCAGGCAAAGCUACAGCUGAUGCAGGAUAUGGAAAUUGAAAUGAUGUCCGAUUUGUACAGUCGAAUGACGCAAGCUUGUCACAAAAAGUGCAUACCACCAAAGUAUGCCGAUUCUGAGCUAGGCAAAGGAGAGUCCGUCUGCAUCGACCGGUGUGUGGCCAAGUACCUGGAGGUUCACGAGCGUAUCGGUAAAAAGUUGACAGCCAUGUCGGCACAGGACGAGGAUCUUAAGAAGAAGAUGGGUGUGUAGAGAAAUGGAAAUCAGUUCACAGAAGUGCAUUGCAUUCUGAGAACGUUAGUAUGUGCUUUACUUAGGUUUCAGUUGUUUUUUACUUUAAGUAUAGCAAUUGCGCCGCAAAAGUCAUGUCUCAGCUGUUUUGCGCAUGCCAGGCUAACGGUACAAUUAGUGUUCGGGGGUUUAGAAUUUGUUUCAGUACAGAUCGCGACACGAUCGUUUGACAUAGAUUGCAUUAUGUGUGGCGAACGACAACGGAUGGAAGCUGAAGCGAUCGAGGGCUUGAUUUGGUUGUAGGAAAUAAAACCAUAUAACCCCGGAAUCAA